AACAUUUUUUUUCUCCAGUGGCUACCUUUGCCAGCUGUGGUAGGAUAUCGCAUUUUGGUUGCCUUAUACUGUGUCAGCUGGAUAAUCUACAGCAUAAUCUUGGAUAAUACUUGGAAAUGGCUUGUUUUCCUUACAGACUGGACUUUUUUGUGUGUAACGACUUACUUCACUUGCAGUAGUGUGAUAUCUGUUAUAUACUGGAUUCACAUUCGCCACCAACGUGUAAAUGAUAGUUGUACAAGUAGUGAUUGCCUACCAGUGGAGAGGUCAGAUAUCUCCAACAAGGAACAAAUAAGCAACUCCCAAUACACAACACCGAGACAAUCGGCGAGUGACACUAAUGAAAGCAGCUUACUUGAAGAAGAAUAUUAUGAUGCGUUUGAGGAUACUGAAAAUAUUUCACCUGCAGAAAGAACAACUGAACGUAAUACGGCAAGGCAUUCUAGUCAUGUGUAUGCCUGCUUCCAAGCCUUGAACUACCCUCAAAAAUGGUACCAUAAGGUAUCUUGGGUAUUUUACAUCAUAGCCGCUAAUAAUGCUGUGCUUGUUACAGUUGUAUACUGGAGUCUGUUGUACACAGGGUUUCAUAUUAGAGAAGCAGAUGUUGCUUUUCAUUUGCUAAACUCAGUCUUUAUGCUAAUAGAAACUUGCUUGAGUAGUAUCCCUGUGCAACUUCUCCAUAUCGUAUAUGCAGUGCUGUAUGGAGUUGUGUAUUUUCUUUUUUCAGUGGUCUUUUGGUUGCUUGGUGGGACCACUGGUGGUAAUAAGUACAUUUAUCCAAUCCUUGACUAUGAGAGUAAACCUGCUAAAGCUGCUGUGGUGGUAGUCCUGUAUGGGUUGGUUGGGCUACCUGUGGCUCAGCUGUUGAUAUUUGGCUUGUUUAAACUCAGAUGUUACCUGAAAACUCUUCGUAGACAGUGAAUUGCAAUACCAUUUUAGUUCCUUUAUUAUCAUACUGUGACACAAUUUAUCAUUUACUAGUUGGCAACAAUGAAAAAAUAUCCACAGAUACUAGUUUUAUUAGUCAAUUCUUAUAUUGCAAAUUGAAUAAUAAUGCAUGCUCAUAAUCACCCCAUGUAAAGAAAUACAAGACAGUCUUGGAAUCUGGACUUCAGGUACUAGAUUCCGGAUUCUUUGUCAGUGGAAUUUGGAUUCCUGAUUCCUUGAGCUGUAUUCGGGAUUCCAUAGCCAUGCAUGGAUUCCGGAUUCCAGAAGCAACACUUCUGUAUUCCAUAUUCCACGAGCUAAAUUUCCUGGGUUCUGGAAUCCGGAUUCCCUUACAUGGGGCAACAUGCUUAGUUAGAGGGUAUAUAUUAUAGUCAAGGCCGAUAGGGAGCGACUCUGGGUAACAGCAUGAUUAGUAGUGAUAUUUGGCAUAAAUACCGCGAGUAAUAUUUCAAAAUCAUUAUACGUAAUUUGUGAAAUUUCAGACAAUUUUGAAAUUCCAUGAGUGGUAUUUAUGCCAAAUGUCAUGUACAAAUCAUGCUAUUACGUGUUUACACUACUACCCGCAAAAGCUUUGUAAUUUUCACAAUAGGUAUUUCAAAUUAAGCUGAAAUACCACUGCUCUAAGCCAAUCAAAUUGCAGAAAUUUCUCAUUUAGAAGUAUAAGCAACUUUACCUAUUAUGGAGGAGGUGAGCAUUAAAAAUAGUUUUCAUUUACUCCUCUAGUUUGUUUGUUGUUGUUGUUGUUGUUGUUUAAUUUUUUUUGCUUCUUCCCAUAUUUUAAGUAAAAUCAUGAACCUGUAUUUAGCGGAUACCUCUGUUAUGCGGACACCAGCGAAGGUCCCGUGGGUGUCCAAGAAGUUACAAGCAUAAAUACCUCGAAAAACCGUGUUCUUUUCCUCAUUAGCAUAACACUGUAAUUUUUAUCACGCAAUUGUUAUGACGUCAAAAUCCUAAGUGUUUGGCAUUGUUAAUUCUGGUUUAAUAUUUUUCCAACGCAUGCAAAUGCUGCGAAAGAGUCAACACUACGCCUCCCCUUGUGCAUCAACCAAGGUAUCAUAAACAUGUGCCGGGAGGAAUUUAGUCUUUCCCAAGUAAAACUGCAGCAUCACGACUCCGGAGAUUUUAUUCGAUCACCGGUAAGUUGAAGUUCGGAGUGUUCACGGCUAGCCCACUCAUGAAUAUUUUCAACGCUAUCUAUGCAUGUAUUUGUUUGGUUUACACUUUACACUCUGACUGACCUUAGUGUUGCUUCCUUACUUAGGCUUGACCUUAACAGAAAGGUUUAUAUUGCUGUUGACAGUGUCCAUUUUCAGACUAAAUUAUUGAGACUUCUGCAACAGAGAAGUCCCACUUCACUUUUCAGAUUCAGAUUGUGAGCGAGUCGUUUGACCAUUCAAACGAAACAUCCCUUUAAUACUUCAUCAGAUAUAUCUUGCAAAAUCUAGAAUUGCAAUCCAAGAUUUGGUUUCUUUAAGUAUAUUUUAAUUUGUUCCCUCUUGGGAGUUUCCUAUUUUAAAUCCCGCAAUGCGCUACGCUUGUGUCAAUGCUGUGUUACAUAUCGAUUUCUUCCGAAAGUUUACCGUCGAUCACUGUUUAGGCGACGAACAAACUACGACGAUAUCAGAUGAUAAACAUGCCGAGACAGAGACUUGCUACUGCUUUGUGCUCUUUGACACUUCGGCUAAAAAAAGUUCAGAUAAGUCUUAAAGGAAAAAAAAAACAAGGAAAAUCAAAACAGUGCUUGAAACGAACACAUUUAUUUAGAAAUUGACUGAGACUAAUUAUGCAAGUUGUUUGAAUAUUCGAAAAACUACCAUAAGAGGAAAAGAAACCUAGCAAAUGAAAAUAGUACUGAAAGAAUCCAGUGCGCACAAAAUAACAUGAUGAUGUGAUGAAAUAGCGCUCAAACCAGUUCGGUUACCCUGCAAAAAUUUACGUGAUCUCCACCGAAGGGGAACAAUAUAGCAGAAAACAACAGCUGCACCAAACAACAAAACGCUCAGAAGAGGUAUUAAGAACUAAUCAAAAAGAAAAGAUAGAAAACUGCUCAACUUGCCUCGCAGGGAACAUUCAUAUUUAGGAGAAUUUAUUUCAAUUCACCUUAACCUAACGGAGCUGAAGAACGGAAAAUUGUAACAUAGCUUGGAUAGCGGGAGCGUUUAUGUUACACCAUUGUGAACGCUGAUUACGUCAACAACCUAAUACCUCGAGUAGUUAUCUUGAAAGCUUUGCAAUCCUCUCAAGUGUCAUCAAGUGCAUAAUAAACCCAAUGUUACACACAACAUCUGCGCACGCGCGCUAUGGCGUGUCAAUCAUUCUUUGCAGUCUUUUCGUUCAAAAAACAAAACAACAACAACAAUUUCGAUGAAUUAAUAGUUGUCCAUCUCAAAAUAGGUCGCUGGUACACACUUUUUUUUGAAGUCACGGGCUCAUGAUCUUAACGGACCACCGUAACCUGACUACGUGCUGCAAAGGGCAUUUCCGGCACAAUCAACUGUGUAAGGGUGGUUUUCUAAAGAAAUUAUCCCUGAUAAAUUCGCCGCGAAAGAGGCAUGGAGACCUUCACAGGUUUAUUGACUCAGGCGGAGUGUGUAAUGAUUACUAACUGGUUGCAUAACUUGUUUCUGUUGCAGUGGUUCCCGGAUGUUGGUGUGACCAUAUAUCGCUGUGUAUUCGCUGGUUAUUGCCUUGGUUGGAUUAUUUACAGUGGCUUUCACCGUAGUAAUGGAGACGAGAAGUGGUUCAUCUAUCUCACUAACUGGAGCUUUGCAUUCCUUACGUUGUAUUUCAUCUUGGCAUUUGUUGUGUGUGUGUUUAACCACAUCAGGGAUAAACCGAAUGAAACAGCCCCCGUACAAAUGACAUCAGCAAAGAGCGAUGGAAGCAGCGGGGUUAACAUUGAAGUCGGAAAUGACCAAGGCCCAAACUAUGAUCAACCAGCCGCGAAAAUGGCGUGGUAUCACAAAGCAUUAUGGGUCAUCUUCAUUAUCGCAGCCAAUGCCGCCAUCUUGGUUACCCUGUUGUACUGGACGCUCAUCUUUUCCGGAAAAACCAGUGGGCUGGACAUAUCAACCCAUUUGAUAAACAGCGUUUUUAUCGUAGUAGACGUGAUGCUUAGUGAAACUCCUAUGAGAUUCCUUCACUUUCUUUACGCUUGGAUCUAUGGUGCUUGUUAUGUUCUGUUGACUGUGAUAUUUUGGGCAUCAAAUGGCACUAAUGCUCUUGGCAAACCCUAUAUAUAUUCGUAUAUAGAUUAUGAUGAGUCUCCGGCGCUCUCUAGUGGUAUUGUCGUUGGGUUUGUUUUGUUGGGACAGCCGCUUGUCCAGGCCAUCCUUUUUGGCCUGUUCAAACUGCGAGGGUUUUUGGUUCUAAAAUGUGGCAACAAAAUGUAAAUUCCUUUCAGCCAUAAACUACCACUUAAGUCAUCCUUAUAGCGUACUGUAUAAUCAUUGCAAUGAUUAUUAUGUUUUUCUACUCAGAUCAUUGUUUUACGUUGUCAGAUUCUCUAAGUACAUAUACAAAUGUUUUACCGUUUAAUUUUUUAAAAUUUUCUUCUUGCACGUUGUCUUACGCCUUCAAGCCUUCAAAACUAUCCCAAAUGAAAAGGUUUUUUAACUUUUUUUAUUUACCGCCUACUUGUAAUUAGAACUUGUAAAUGAUGAUUUAAUUAAAUAACUGGGAAAUAAAUCUGGAGUCGUGUGACUUAAUAUUUUCAGCGAUUUUAACAUCUGCCCAUGCGUAGUGCGCUCAGCUAAGCAAAUCCAAAAUAGCGUCCAGUUGAGUUCUCUCGCGUCCAUGCACCCACACCUUUUUCGUACAAAGACCAAAGGUUGAUUUCCACUGUCUCGUAAUUUUUCCGUGCGAACGAACUUAAAAUUUACGUGCGUAAAUGAAACUGAGGGGGCAAUGUAUGAAAGGCCACGCGCAAACGUGAAAAUUGUGCGAGGUUGAACUUUUACGUAUACGUGUUGGCCCUCCAUACAUCAGAGAAAUUAAGAUUCACAUUUACGUGAAUUUGUACCAUGCACGUGACCAAGUUUUCCCCUUAAUUGUCGUUAACUGUUUAUUACAAAAAAAAGUAGUUUCACGCCAGUUAUAAGCAUGAGAAUUGUUCUCGACAGUUUUUAUCUCCUUCUUUUCUCAGUAUUUUUGAGAAAUUCUCAACUUGAAUCUGACGUUUGCCGUUUGCCGUAAACGUGACUGCUAAUCCCUCUAUUGUCUUCAUUUUACUUACUCGAGUAAAGUUCGCGCGCGUACAAUACUCGACACUGGAAAUCCAUCCUUAGAUAGUAAUGAUGUUCGCACUACGCUGGGAAAUUUGGCCUCGAUUUUGAUCUAAAUUUUCCUAAUUCCGUGUGAACAGAACACCAGAAACACACACCUCAACCUCGUCCCCAGGGUCUUCUCGCUUUCCAAUAUGGCGGCGGCAUGGGAAAAGAGGGCCUUCUCUGCUCUCCUGCCGCCGCCACGUUGGAAAGCGAGAAGACCCUGGGGACGAGGUUGCCCUUCCCUUUUAUGAGACGAUUUGAACAACGAAGAAAAUCACCAACAAUUGCGAUGUAAGUUUUGUUCAGUUGUUUUUGUUGUUUGUUUGUUUUCACUUUAACAUCUUUGUUAACUGCCCCGUCCUCGUCGUCUUGGAUCCUGGAUUCCACGGAUUCCAGAUGCCUUAUCAGAGAUACUUGGAUUUCGGAUAACCAAAAUCGUUAAUGGGAUUCCGAAUUCCUUGAGUUGUAUUACAGAUUCCAAAGCCCAGGAUUCCAGAUUCCAAGAUCUUAGAUUUCGGAAUCCUGAUUACCUUAUAUUGCCUUAAGUUUGCAGAAGGACCGUGAAUCUGCGUUAAACUGAAACGCCCGGUUUCGUCGCGUGUAUUGGGAUUUUGAAUCCGGAAUAUAAAGUGAAUAUUAAAGUAUCCGAAUAAAAAAGUCGGAUAAUUAGGAUAAUGAAUGUCUGUAAACCGCCAGGUAAUCCGAAUUUGCUUAGGAAUUUGGAAACAUUUAUUGAUCCCCAAAAACCUCUUUAGCAGUAAAACUAAGUAGCCUUUGAUGAAGUUUCUUCGCAGUAUUUUUUUCCAUAUGUAAAUAUUUGUUUAGUUUAAAAUUUCAAGUUCAUCUUUUUUGUUUUCCUUUGUAUCAGAAAACUUUCCCAACAAAAGCAUUCAAAAGCUUUAGUACGUUAUUUUUUUCUUUUUUUUCACGAUCGAAUUGAUUAAGUACAAGCUAAUUUGUUUUGUGUGCUGCUGAUAUUAGCACGUGGUACAUCACAAUAAACUCCUCAGGGACUCUAGCCAUUGUCAAGCAAAUCAACAACCACCUCAAUGCCACAGAAUACAAAUAUAUGCGCGAUUUAUGGCUAAUGUUUUACUCAGCGGUGAGUCAAGUUUGAUCGAAGAAUGUGGCGUACAGAACUACAAGAAGUGAAAGAAGAAUUUCAGCUGGUUCAGUUUCGCCUAUUGUACCCUAAUGCAGGGGACUUUGCGGAAACCCCGGUAAGUUGAUUUCAUAUAAAAUUAAGCAAUCGGUUGAAAUGUCGCUGGCAUCGGUUUGCUUAUUUGCAUGUAAGUCUUUCCUCUGUCUCUCAUUUCGACGUUUCUUUCAAUCGGUUAUAAAACAAACGCAUUCCUCUUGAGGGAAGAAUUAACAAAGAGCGUGAAAGUUGUACCAAUACAUUAAAUUUUUGAUUUCCCUUUUUCUAUUCAAAGGGGCGGAAAUUUCAAGUUUAAGAAAUUACGAGUCUUGAACCGUGACAACUUAAAGUACAAAUGUUGACCACCCUUCAAUGGUAAAGUAAAGAAUGAUGUAUUUGUCAUAAUAACUUCCCAACUAACGAAAUUCGAUACGAACGUAAUCCAGGUGCUUUUAGAAAGAAACACAUUUGAGAUAAAACCUUUUUUUUAUGAAAACGCCUUGUUCCAGCGUCGAACUUGUGCCCGUCGAUUACUUCAACUUUCAAUGUAUCUUUGUCGUCGAGUGUUGUUCUAUGCUCUGGGAAGACAGUCACAUUUGUUUAGAUACUCGUUGACUUUCAAUUUCACUUUAAACAGUGAAAUGUUCAAAGCCCAUCCUUCACGAACGAAAUAAUGCCUACUACAUAUCUCUCCUUGCACCCUUAGUGCAUAGUAGUAUUUUACUGCAUACAUGUUGGUGUUCAGUUGAAACUUUACUCUAAGUCAACCUCAGUUAAUGCCAAUUGUAUUAAGGGCAAAAUUGAUCAAGAACGUAUGCAUAAAGUAAUCCAAAGAAUAAAUAGAGAAAAGGCAGCCAGCGCAUUUAUUUAUGAUAUAGCAACUUAAAAGAAACAUGGAAAAACAAAGGCGGAAAUGCGGUUCAGCGAACAAGUGUGCAAUACCGAUGCAAAAAUGUCACGCGAUUAAAAUAUAUGGCUCCCUUUUAAAACUGGAAACAUUUCAAAUAUACUGGACACAUGACAUUUUAUGUUAUUGUUCCAUUUUUAAAUAAUUCAGAAACUAUUGGAUUCGGAAACAACAAAUUACUGAGGCUAUGUGUAGCGAUUUUAACUUAUAUUUAUUCAUCAAAAGUACUGUAACAAUAUAGAUUGACGUGAUUAAUGUUAUGAAUAUUUCACGAAGUCCAUUUUCGGAUUGUAAAAUCAACUUUUUUUCGAUUUCACGUUUUCGUAUUUGAUUUUGUUUUAUCACAACUGGAAGUAAUUUUCAGUGUUCAAUUUACGUUUAUUAAGAAAUCAACUGACUCCAGAUUUUCUUUUGUUAUAUUUGCAUAAGUUUUCAUAAAACUGGUCCAGCUCAUCGUUUAAAACUUCUUGAAUAAUUGAUUGCCAUCUGCUGAGAAAAACGAUAAUUUGAAUCUUAUUUUUAAACGUUACUAAACUAACUCGGUCUUUCACUGAGUUAUCGAGGAAAUUUAAAGUGCUAAAAACAGCAUGCCAUCCCUGUGACUUGUUCAAAAUUGCUAUCCUCCUUGUUUCAGUGGUUUGGUGUCCCUGUGAUCCUAGUCUACCGCCUUCUGGUCGCCGUGUACUGUAGUGCUUGGUUAAUUUACAGCGGUUUCCACCCAUCCAACGGACAUGAGAAGUGGUUUAUUUACUUAACCAACUGGAGUUUUCUCUUUGUGACAGUUUACUUUGUUUUUGCCACCUUAAUAACUGCUUUCUAUUACAGAGAAGAAUGUAGACAAGGAGAGUACGAAAUGGGCAGCCCUGAACCGGUUCCUCUAAAGUACCGCACAGCAGGGCUGUCACGUUCAUCAGAUAUAAACUCCCGUGCGGGAAAGUCACGCGAGGAGAUGAAUGCAUCGCGUGACAAAACAGAUGCACGUGAAAAGGUCCAAAGCCAUGAGGAUGUCAAAGUGUCUAUCAAUCCUUUAGAAGUUAUGCAGGAGAUACCCAUGACAAGAUUUCAUGAAGCUUUGUGGGUGAUAUAUAACAUUGCAGCAAAUACUGCGUUACUUAUCACAGUAACAAACAGUGAUUACAAGGGAUAUUCAUACGAUGGCUUAAUUAUCACCACUCAGAUACUGAAUACUGUUUUUAUUCUAAUAGAGACUUUGCUUGGAACUGUCCCAGUGCGAUUAUUUCACGUUAUUUAUCCAAUGCUUUUCAGUACUGUAUACGUUAUGGUUACUGUUGUGUAUUGGGCGUGUAAAGGGACAAAUACCUCAGGCGAACCUUACAUUUACUCUGCCAUUGAUUACAGCGAGAACCCCAGAGGAAGCGUUGGCACUGUCCUAGGAUUCGUUUUUGUUGGUCAUCCCUUGGCACAGCUUGUUUUAUUUAUUGUUUUUCGAGUCAGAUAUUGGCUGCGGAGGAAAUUUAGCAAAAAACUCAUUUGGUAG